AUGGGCAAUGCUACUGACAUAAUGUUCCACCUACAUGAGAUGUUUGGUACAAAAACAAGGUCUACUAAGGUGAAAGCACUUAAUGCUUUUAAGAACCUUAAGCAGAAACUUGGGAAGCCACUUAGAGAUUACAUGCUAAAAGUGAUCUCUUGUCUUAAUAAGUUCAAAUUAGAUUAUGAAUUGCACAUUAAGGAUUGCACCCUAAGUAGGUUAAUGAAUGAUCUCCAACAUGUAGAAGAGGUUUUUGCUUUGAAAAAGAAGCUUGAAGCGCAUGCAGUUUCCACUUCUAAGCCCAAACCCAAAGGUGAAAAGAAGAUAGCUAGAAAUAAAAAGACCUCUAAGGGCUCAAUGGCAGUAAAGAAAAAGCCCAUGAAGUAA